AUGUUAUAUUAUAUCAUCAUUGUAAUAUAUGGAUUACUUAGUGUAUAUUCAUUUAUAGUAGCUGAUUCUAGAAUAAAAUAUGGAAAUAUACCUGUUUACACACGAUUAGCAUCAAAUGAGAAUGCUCAGGCAGGAAUCCAGAGUUUGAAUGAGGGAAUUUUGUCAAAUCUUGAAAAAACAGGAAUUUCAAGUUUAAACGAGUUGCAACAGGAGUGUAUUCCGAAGAUUCUUGAUGAUUCCAUAAAGAACGUGUGUAUUCUAUCCCAAACUGGUACUGGGAAAACACUAUCAUACCUGGUACCAAUAGUACAAAUGAUUCUUAACGAGCCAAAAGAUGAAGAGUCAACGUGUGUAGUAAUAGUUCCAAACGGUUUACUGACUUAUCAAGUUUUUGCAGUUCUGAGUAACUUAACAAGUGGACUUAAUAUUAAAGCGAAGACUGUGGAUGAUGUUGAAAAGGGGAAACUGCCAGAUAUAAUAGUUUCCUCUCCGUUAAAACUACUCGACAAAUUUGAAGCCUACUCGCUAAACUAUAAAUUUGAUGCUUUCGAACGAGUUAAGUACCUGGUGCUGGAUGAAGUUGACCUGUUAUUCAAUUAUAAACAGGAUAUACUUGACAUUCUUGACAGGACCAACAAGAGGUGUAAAACGGUACUGUCAUCCAGUACUUUACCAAACUUUGGACCCAAGAGUGCUGCUAACAUUAUAUCCUCACUGUUUAAGAACUGCACAUUUGUGCAGACAAAAGACCUACAUACAAUCCCACCCAAAGUUAAACUUGAAUUCAUCAAUUACAAAGAUGACGACGACAGGUUUCGUAAAGUUGUUGAAUAUCUUAGAGAGAAUAGUGACCGCACAAUUAUUUACUGUAACAGCUACUCAAAUUGUGAAAAAUUGUACAAUAAACUGUCAAAGCUCAGGAAAAAUGUGCAUUUCAUAACCCGUGAUGUUAACCUCAUGGAGCAGAUUUUGAUCCUGACGAGUUUAGACAAGAGAAUGGUUGUUUUGUCAACUGAUCAUGCCAGUAGAGGUGUUGACUUUAAGAACAUUAAAACUGUCAUACACUACGAUUUCCCAAAGGAUGUAGUUCGUUUUAUACACAGAACUGGCCGAGUUGGAAGACACGGAACUGAAGGCAACUGCCUCGCAUUUUGGUCAGAACCUGACGAGUUUCUGAAGGAUAACAUUGAAAAUAACUUAGACACACUCCCGAACUUAUUUAGCAGGAGACGAGGCCUCAGAAAGAAGUUUAAAAAGGCUCUACAGCUACAACUCGCUGAAUCUCAAUUUUCUGUUUAA